UGUCCAUAUAAGAUGCCUGAAUUGCCCCUCCGGGCUAUCUCUGUGCACCCUACCAGAAACGUUGCACCUCUGGCACAGACAGCCCCCCAUGGGCCAAAGUCAGGGCUAUGUGUUUAAUGGGGGAGCCUGGAUUCCAUCCGGUGACGUGCCUAUGCCAUGCCCUGGCGUGGCACUUCGGCCUGACCAAACGAAGCAGGUUGAUCACUUGCAAGCACAUCAGGUGGGUCGCUCCGUCUCUGUGCAGCCAGCCUAUGCAUAUGCCGCACCAAACCCACAGGGAAAUCAACCAUACAUCAUUAUGCCGGGAAGCGGCCCGCGACUGGCGGUGAGCCCUCGCUCAGUGAGCCCGGCAGGGAGUCCCAAUCGAAUACCAAGUCCACGGAGAACAGUUGGAGUCAGCAUGCUUGGUGCAAAGGAGACUAUGCAGGCUGCGUCAAGCCACUGUACUCUUUCGGAGGACGUGCGGAAGUUCUUAAAUGACUUGGGCUUUUCUUACUACACAGAGGCAUUUCGCAUGAAUGGCUUCGAAGAUAUGGAGACUGUCCUUUCCAUGUCCCAGGAAGAUAUGCGUGGAAUGGGUAUCCUGCCUGGGCAUGUCUUGAAGCUGGACACGAAGUUGGACCAGCUCUGCGAGCAGAGAGGUUUGACCAGACGAAAACACCGGUCGCUGCAGCUUACAGCUGCCCAGCCUUGGUUGCCUUUGCAACAUCGCGUGGCCGCAUCGCCCACGGGUGCAAUCUCACCGGGGGCAGCUGCCUGCCUGGCAGGCAUGGCGCGAACACUGUCAGGCCCGGGGACUGCUUCAACUCAGCCCUCUCAACCUCCAAUGCUCGAGGGUGGUGUCUUCCGAAAACAGCUGGCGUUGAGCCCAGUUGCUUCACGCACUCCAAGCCCAGUCGACAAGGACAUCCACGAGAUCAGUGCAGGUUGGACAGAUGGACGAGAAUGGGCUGUGCCCACCGUCGAUGAAGAGUCGGAGCAUGAUUCGCCCCAGCACGGCGACGGUGGCGAAUCUGGUACUCAUGAACAGGAGGGUUCGUCCUCCGAGCCUCCGGCAACAAGUGCCAGUCCAUCGACGUCAACCACUUGCACAUUCACUCCACAUCCGAUGCGUGCAAACCUUUCCUUCAGCAGCGGCAUCAGUGCUGGAAUGUUUGCCAUGCCUCCACGUCGUGAUGCGUUCGGCAGUGGCUGCACGAACUUCUCGGUUCAAACUGCACCACCUGGCAGCGCUACACCCGCCAGUGUACGCUUUGGUGCUGGUCAGCGGAAACUGAAGAGACAGGAGAUGGACGAGAUUGUUGCAAGAAAUAAGGCGCAAAGAAAAGUUUUUACAUGGCUUCAGCAGAACAGAUUUUCCAACGUCAAUGCGGAGAGAUGGUUUUUGGGCAGGGCGUACUAUCCUCUUCACGCGGCCGUCCGAGAGAACAAUACAGAGAUGGUCAAGCUGUUGCUGGAGCUGAAAGCCGACCCAGUGAAGAAAAAUUCGGGAGGCCAAACUCCUCUGGAGUACGCGCAAUCCAAGCAAAGGUCCAGUGUUAUUACGGACUUGCUCCAAGACUAUGAGUUCACACGACAACCUUGAUCAAUGUUUUAGACCAUCGGGCCUGGCAAAGACCAUCUUUGCGGGCGACCGCGACGGCCACGACCCGCGACUGGCCCCCAUUUUCCCGUUGAAAUCUUUGCUACACAUCUCUGGGUUUCCUGAUCCCCGGCGGGGGUUAGAAGACAUGGCGGAG